AUGCCCGCCGUAAAUGAUGACUCGAGGGCACCUGGGAUAUAUCGGGCCUCGGGCCAACCUCCUUUCCUCGAUGUAGCUAAACAGCAGCUCCCUUCUACUGUCUCUCCCAAGCAGGUCACCUUGCGGGAUCGCGUCACCAUUGCAACCCUCGUACCAUUCUCCUCCGCCUCCAAUCUGCCUCAUUCUCUCUUAGUUUACCUAUGCGACCAAUUAAACAAAGAGAUAGAGAAAGGGGACACAUACCCGAUGGACCGUCCCCUUGCUUUGGAAGAAUUCGGUCAAGAUUGGUUCUCGCAUUUCGCAGCUGUGAUGCUACUGGGCGAGGUCAAGGGCGUCGAGGAUGUUCAGUCAAUGGCGUUGGCCGGAGAAGACUGGAAAAAAACGUGCCUAGGAAGUUUUAAUAUCAAGUCUAACUACCCGGGCCGGAGCAGUCAUGUUUGCAAUGGCACUUUCUUGGUAACGGAUGCCUCGAGAAAUCGGGGAGUAGGUAGAUUAAUGGGAGAAUGCUACCUUGAAUGGGCGCCACAGCUGGGCUACUCAUACUCUGUUUUCAAUAUGGUUUAUGAGACCAACGUCGCCUCUUGCCGUAUAUGGGAUGCACUCGGGUUCAAGCGGAUCGGAAGGAUUCCCGGCUGCGGAAAUCUGAAGUCAUACCCUGGUCAGCUGAUUGAUGCGAUUAUAUAUGGCCGCGAUUUAGGCCCAGAGGGAGAGGACUUCGUUUCGGAGGAACGAUUCGACAAAAUCAGAUAUUAUCUGAAGCAUUCCAAGUACCCGAGCGGUGCCGACCGAGCAGAAAAGAGUCGAUUACGUAGCGCAGCGACUCACUAUAAACUCGUCGGAGGGCAAAAUGGCGAGCCGGAGAAAUUGAUGUUGAAGGACAAGGAAGUUGUGUCGGAUCCCCAGCAACAAUAUGAGAUAGCCCGGAAAAUCCAUGAGCAACAACACGGUGGAAUUAACAAAACCACCGCAAACAUUGCUUUGAAGUACCAUUGGGUUAGGAUCAAAGAGACUGUUAGUAUGGUGAUAAAGAAUUGCGAGAAGUGCAAGGAAUCACCCAAAGCUCCCGUUUCCAACCCAGACGGGCCCGCCUCUAAACGGGAAAGGUCAUCCACACCAAAAGAGCGCAAGCCUGAAGUGUCGCCCAAUGGUUUUGGAACGCCUCCAGAACAACUCGCCAAUGUUCAUCAAUACAUCAAAGAAGAUCCCUUUGGUGGGCCCAACACUACGGUGUUACACGGGGCUAUGGAUGACAUCAAAUUCCAACCAGAUCCGGAGGAAAUAACCGACUACGCCGACCUUCCUCUCGAUCCACAAAUUAUGGAUGAUAUUCAGCACCACUUGCCAUCGUUCCAGCAUCACAACGACGUUGAUCCCUACGAAACAAACAGUCUUCAAGAACCGCAUGACUUGGGCCAUGGCUUUGGCCAUACCCAUCUGCAACAUCAUGAUAACUCGAACGACUAUCGUAUUGUUGAGGAUGACGACGGAAUAAUGGCUUCUCAGGCAGCAGACGCCUUGCGGGAUCAAACGAUGCACUUGGUUGACACGUCUCGACUCCACAACGAAACACAGCUACAUCGUGAUCUUCUCGCAGCCGCCUUUGUUGGUCGAGAAGAUCCGUCACAUUUUGACAGCAGAUACUGACCAUAAUUCUUUUCUGAAUGGUUUUGUAAUUAUACAUGGCCUUUGGCGUGCUUCUAUCCUCUUUUUUCCCCUU